CCAACCAAACGGUACCACGCACGAAUCCAGUGCAGCCAGUAUUUUAAUUCGAAUAGACCCGGCCCGUUGUUCCCUUUCCGAUUCUGUGCUGUGGUCGAAGCGACCGCACAGGAACCAGGUCCGUUGCUCAGAGUCGCCAUAGGAGAGAUCCUCGAGCUACCAGUCGAGUAGCCUUGUACAGUUGUACUCGUCGUCGAGAGAGCGUCGUCCGCCCCGGCUCCUCGCCCGCUCGCCUUCGUCGCGGGAGGUGCGGGGAGGGGCAACGUCUGGACUGGACGGCGUAGUCGGCUGCCCACGUUUGAUUCUGUGAGCGGCGGCGCAUUCAGAUCGUCAUAUAUCUGCAGGUUGGUGGUGACUGUCUGAUUCGGGUCAGAAUUGAUUGACUUGCGCCCGCGGAUGGAUCCAUCCGGCUCCAAGAAGAGGGCCAGCGCCGCCGCCGACCUCACCGACGACCUCAUCGUCGAGAUCCUGUCGCGGCUGCCGGUCAAAUCGAUCUGCCGAUUCAAGUGCGUCUCCCGCCACUGGCACGGUCUCAUCUCCCACCCGGAGCACCGCAAGACGCUCCCUCAGACACUCUCCGGUUUCUUCUACCCUCGCAACCUGCUCAACCACGAGGACGCUAUAACAGAAAUUCCCGAUUUCGUUGGCAUCUCGAGGGGCGAAGAGCUGCCAUUUCUUGACCCGUCGUUGCCCUUCUUGCCCGGCUACAGGUGGAUCCGUCCCGAGGACUCCAGCGGUGGCCUUCUCCUCUGCAACUGCUGGAAGGAGAACCCCAGAGAUGAGUUCAAUUACGUGGUGUGCAACCCCGCCACUGAUAAAUGGGUAGUCCUGCCUGAGGCCCCUGACGAUCUUAGCUCCGUAUCCACAAUCCGUUUGGGUUUUGACCCAGCCAUUUCCUCUCACUUCCAUGUGUUCCAGCUCCUAGAGGAAGAUCAAUACGGAUAUAUCACUGGCCUGAAUAUUUACUCGUCGGAAACUGGUGUGUGGAGUCACAAGGAAAAUGGUUGGAGCGAUGAGGUUGUGCCGGUCGAUUCAAGAGGUGUCUUUAUGAAUGAAAUGCUCCAUUUGAUCUCCUAUGAUGUCACGAUACUGACAGUGGACACAGAAGGGAAGACAUGGAGGACCAUUCCUUUGCUGGAAAGUAUGGGUUUUGAAAAUUUCUGUAAGGGUCCCGUUGCUUUUCUUGGUCAAUCACAAGGGCGCUUGUGCUAUAUGAAUACUAGGAAACAUAUCGCUUCUAAGAUAUCAGUCUGGAUUCUUGAAGACUACAGUGCUGGUCGAUGGAUCUUUAAGUACAACAUCAGCACUUCCCAAAUUUUUGGAGAGGUGGAUCUCAUGAUGGAGCUAGAUUAUGCUUUGAUCGCAAUCCAUCCAGAAGCCAAUGUGAUUUUCUUUGUUUGGAAAUGUGAGGAUCUUUUAAUGUCAUAUGACAUGGAUCGUGGGAAAGUUUGUGUUAUAUGUAGUCUCACAGAGAAUAUGUAUAGGGCAUUUCUUCCCUAUCUCCCAUAUAUUCCUUUUUAUCAUGGACUGGCUGAUCAAGACUAGAAGCAUAAUGCCCAAGUUGAAGGUCAAGAAUUGUUGCCCUAAAUUGAUAUAUAUAUGUCUGCUCAUGUGCUUGACCUUCAGUUGUUACCAAAUUAAACAAUGGAGAUGCAUCUUAGGUUAUGUAUUUCAUUUUCUUUU